UCUGGGAUCGAUUUGAAACUUGGCGGUUAAAGCUCCGGUUGGAACAGGGCGCCAGGGAAGAUCGGGAAAGGGACGUUUAGUUGGUGAGUUACCGGGCGCCGAGUUAGCUCAGAUUCUGCGCUUUGUAGCACUUUAGGGCUUGUGGUCGCUCAGAUUCUGCGCUUUGUAGCACUUUAGGGCUUGUGGUCGCUGUCGCUGUGUCCGCUGGAGUUUCUUUAUUUCAGACACCACUUCGCCCUGCAGUAUUGGGACUGACAAACCUUUAGGCGGUGGCCUAGAGUGACAGGAUACAGUGAUCCCGCUGGGAAGGAGAGUACAUCAGCGAGUUCCGAGGUCUCCUACGGCCUGAGAAGCAUCUUCCCACUCCUGCCAGCCUCCGGAGGCUCCUGGGAUAGCAGGCUUCACUCGGCCCGGACACCUGCUGACCUGGUACCAUGAAAGAAGAGGUGAAGGGAAUUCCUGUAAGAGUGGCACUGCGUUGUCGCCCCCUGGUCUCUAAAGAGAUUAAUGAGGGCUGCCAGACCUGCCUUUCCUUUGUGCCAGGAGAGCCUCAGGUGGUGGUUGGUAAUGAUAAAUCAUUUACCUACGAUUUUGUGUUUGACCCCUCUGCUGAACAGGAAGAGGUCUUUAAUACAGCAGUAGCUCCACUCAUAAAAGGCGUGUUUAAAGGAUACAAUGCAACUGUCCUGGCCUAUGGGCAGACUGGAUCUGGAAAAACUUAUUCAAUGGGAGGUGCAUACACUGCAGAACAAGAACAGGACUCAGCCAUUGGGGUUAUUCCCAGGGUAAUACAACUGAUCUUCAAAGAAAUUAAUAAAAAGAAUGACUUUGAAUUUACUCUGAAAGUGUCUUACUUGGAGAUUUAUAAUGAAGAAAUUUUGGAUCUCCUAUGUUCAUCUCGUGAGAAAGCUUCUCAAAUAAAUAUCCGGGAGGAUCCUAAGGAAGGCAUAAAGAUUGUGGGACUGACGGAGAAGACUGUGCUAGAGGCCUCGGACACUGUUUCCUGUCUAGAGCAGGGUAACAACUCCAGGACUGUGGCCUCCACAGCUAUGAACUCCCAGUCAUCUCGAUCUCAUGCCAUUUUUACAAUCUCCAUCGAGCAAAGGAAGAAGAAUGACAAAAGUAGCAGUUUUCGUUCCAAGCUGCAUCUUGUAGAUCUUGCUGGAUCAGAAAGACAGAAGAAAACCAAGGCUGAGGGAGAUCGCCUGAAAGAGGGCAUUAAUAUUAAUCGAGGCCUUCUGUGCUUGGGAAAUGUGAUCAGUGCUCUUGGAGAUGACAAAAAGGGUAACUUUGUGCCCUACAGAGAUUCCAAGCUGACUCGACUGCUUCAAGAUUCUCUAGGAGGCAAUAGCCAUACUCUUAUGAUAGCCUGUGUGAGUCCUGCUGAUUCCAAUCUAGAGGAAACAUUAAAUACCCUCCGCUAUGCUGACAGAGCAAGAAAAAUCAAGAACAAACCUAUCGUCAAUAUUGAUCCCCAGGCAGCUGAACUAAAUCAUCUUAAACAACAGGUCCAACAGCUGCAGGUCUUGUUGCUACAAGCCCAUGGAGGCACCUUGCCUGGAAAUAUAAAUAUGGAACCAUCAGAAAAUAUACAGUCCCUGAUGGAGAAGAAUCAGUCUCUGGUGGAAGAGAAUGAAAAAUUAAGUCGUGGUCUGAGCGAGGCAGCUGGUCAAACAGCCCUGAUGUUGGAGAGGAUCAUUUUGACAGAGCAAGCAAAUGAAAAAAUGAAUGCCAAGCUAGAAGAACUCAGGCAGCAUGCGGCCUGUAAAGUGGAUCUUCAAAAGCUAGUGGAGACAUUGGAAGACCAGGAAUUGAAAGAAAACAUAGAGAUAGUUUGCAACCUACAACAAGUGAUUGCCCAGCUAUCUGUAAGCCAAGAUGAAGCUGUUGCGUGCAUGACUGCAACCAUUGAUACUGGAGGGGAAGCAGACACUCAGGUGCAAAGCAGUCCAGAUAGCAGCAGGUCUUCUGAUGUUUUCAGCACUCAGCAUGCUCUACGUCAAGCUCAGAUGUCCAAGGAGCUGAUUGAGUUGAAUAAAGAACUUGCAUUGAAAGAAGCCCUAGCUAAGAAGAUGACUCAGAAUGACAACCAACUGCAGUCCAUUCACUUCCAGUACCAGGAUAAUAUUAAAAAUCUAGAAUCAGAAGUCCUCAGUCUACAGAAGGAAAAAGAAGAAUUGAUUCUUGAACUUCAAACAGCAAAGAAGGAUGUCAACCAAGCCAAGUUGAGUGAGCGCCGUCGUAAACGCCUUCAGGAACUGGAGGGUCAAAUAACUGAUUUGAAAAAGAAACUACAGGAACAGUCCAAACUUCUGAAGCUGAAGGAAUCCUCUGAGCAUACGGUCUCCAAGCUGAACCAGGAGAUUCGGGCAAUGAAAAAUCAGCGAGUCCAGUUAAUGCGUCAAAUGAAAGAGGAUGCUGAGAAGUUUAGGCAAUGGAAGCAACAAAAAGACAAAGAAGUAAUCCAGUUAAAAGAACGGGAUCGUAAAAGACAAUACGAGCUGCUCAAACUUGAAAGAAACUUCCAGAAACAGUCUAAUGUGCUCAGGCGUAAAACUGAGGAGGCGGCAGCUGCCAACAAACGUCUUAAGGAUGCUCUCCAAAAACAAAAGGAGGUUGCAGAAAAACGGAAAGAGACUCAGAGCCGUGGGAUGGAAGGCACUGCAGCUCGAAUGAAGAAUUGGCUUGGAAAUGAAAUCGAGAUUAUGGUCAGUACUGAGGAAGCCAAACGGCAUCUGAAUGAUCUUCUUGAAGAGAGAAAGAUCCUUGCUCAGGAUGUGGCACAACUCAAAGAAAAAAGAGAAUCUGGAGAGAAUCCACCUCCUAAACUCCGAAGGCGUACAUUUUCACGAGAUGAAGUACAUGGUCAAGAUUCAGGAGCAGAGGAUUCUAUUACAAAGCAGAUUGAAACCCUAGAGACUGAAUUGGAGCUCAGGAGUGCACAGAUUGCAGACCUCCAGCAGAAGCUCCUGGAUGUUGAAAGUGAAGACCGGCCGAAACAACGUUGGGAGAGCAUUGCCACCAUUCUUGAAGCCAAAUGUGCCAUAAAGUAUUUAGUUGGAGAGCUGGUCUCCUCCAAAAUACAGGUGAGCAAACUUGAAAGCAGCCUGAAUCAGAGCAAGACCAGCUGUAUUGAAGUGCAGAGGAUGCUGUUUGAGGAGCAAAAUCAUUUUGCUAAGAUGGAGUCUGAGUUAAAAGAGGAGCUGUUCAAAAUGGAGCAACAGUACCAGGAGAAGGUCUUGCACCUUCUCAGCCAGCUGCAGCAAUGCCAACCGACAGAGAAGCAGCUGGAGGAGUCAGUUAAUGAAAAGGAUCAGCAGCUGCUGAGCACAAUGAAAUGCCAGAAAGAAGAGCUUAGGAAGAUGCAAAAAGUGUGUGAGCAAAAUCAGCAGCUUCUCCAAGAAAACAGUGCCAUCAAGCAGAAACUGGCCCUCCUCCAAGUAGCCAGCAAACAGAAACCCCAUCUUAUGAGAGCUAUCCUCCAGUCUCCAGACUCUUCCUUUGAAUAUAUUCCACCUAAGCCCAAACCUUGCCGUAUUAAAGAAAAAUGCCUAGAGCAAAGCUUCACCAUCGAGGAGCUGCAGUAUUAUUCAGAGCCUUCCAUGACUGAGCAGGACAAUGAGGACAAUGAUGACCAUGCUGAUGAGGAGUGGGUACCAGCCAAACUAGUCAAGAUGUCCAAGAAGAGCAUCCAAGGGUGUUCCUGCAAAGGCUGGUGCGGGAACAAGCAAUGUGGAUGCAGAAAGCAAAAGUCAGACUGUAAUGUGACCUGCAGCUGUGACCCCACAAAGUGUCGCAACCGCCAUCAGAACCAGGACUUAGAUGCUUUUGAGCUAAACCAAGAUUCUGAAAACUCCUUCAAACUGGAAGAUCCCACAGAGGUGACCUCAGGAUUAAGCUUCUUCAACCCUGUGUGUGCAACUCCCAGCAGCAAGAUCCUCAAGGAACUGUGUGAUUCCGAUCAGGUGCCGCUGAAGCAGCCUGUGUUUGUCUCUUCUGAUGACCCAGAACUGAAACCUGCAGCAUCAGAAUCACAAGAAAAUAAGGCCGCGGGGAAGAAGAAGAAGCGAGCUCUAGCCAGCAAUACCAGCUUCUUUUCUGGCUGCUCUCCUAUCCAAGAAGAGUCCCACUGAGGCUAGGGCCAUUGUCUCUUCUGUCUGCCCUGGACUUACUCUGAGGGAGCAGCACAGAGGGGAAGGCCAUUAAUGACUUCUGUAGCUUUAGGUCUUGCUAUUGAGAAAAGGAAAAAAGUGUCCCUGAAAGGAAGAGGACCUUUGCUGAGAGUUGGCCUUUACUACCUAAGCCCUCAAACAACUACUCUGCUUCUCUAGAAGGUGCUGAGCCUUCUAUUGAAGAGAGAACCAACUGACCUUCCUGCUGACUAAGAGGAGCCAGUCCCCACUACAACGUAGCUCACUGUUUGCGAGCAGUUGAACUGUCUCUUCAUGGAGCUCAGACCAACAUGUUCUUCUCUUGUGAUCAGGUUGGCUUAAUGGAAGAGCCUCCAGUAGGACGGAGACCCGACUCGACCCCCUCACCACACCUCAGAUCGGGCAGGGAGCUUUCCUGCUCCAUCCAACUCCGGACUUUGCAAACACUUCAACUGUCGGUCCCGUGUGUUACUGAAGUGAAUGAAAUAUUUUUUAAAAUGUUAAGAAAAUAAAUAAAUCUCAGUUCAUCUACUA